AAACCAUCAGAAUAAUACCGUCAACGGAUCAGCUGAAGUAGCGACAGCAGCGGCAUCAAUUAGCCCAAGACUGUCGAUCUAUGGGAGAGAAAGAGGAAUACUAAAUUCAAAGCAUCGCGGUGAUCACAGAUCAUAUCACAACAAGGAAAUAUUUAAAUUUUCAACAACGAAACCUUGAAAAAGUUGUAAUAUUUUCGAAAACAAAACGGGAACUGAGCCCAAAUCAUUUUUGUUAGCUUAAAAUACGUGUGACACUUAACAGGGAACCCUUUUUUCAGUCAAAGAAAAUUGAUUGAUUUUCUUUGUGAUAGCAGAAAAAUCCAUAAUUGUACUUAAUUGAAAAAAAGAACUAAUUUUACUUAAACGAUACUUAAACUAAGUUUGUGUUUUGGUUUAAAACAUUUAAGAUACGAUACGAAAAGAGUUAAUUAUAUUUAUAUUUAUUUUUUAUACAUAACUCUAGCCUAAACAAGAUUCAAUUGUAAGCCUCUAACACGCUGAAUUUUUAAUCUAGAAAUCAAACUACUUCCGUUAAAAGAAACCAAUCAAAUCUUUGUGAAAACGAAACAAAAACCACACCUCAAGAUUGUAAGCAAGUAACAGACUAUACUUAAGUGCACACGAGCCAGAUUAAGUCCUUCAGAACAGCUUUUGUAAUUGUUUAUGAGCAUCACCAUGCGUCAAAAAGAUCUGCGCCCAGCCCCCGCUCUAAUUGAGUACAAGGGCAUGAAGUUCCUAAUCACCGAUCGACCAUCAGACAUAACCAUUAAUCACUACAUUAUGGAGCUAAAGAAGAACAAUGUCAACACUGUGGUGCGCGUGUGCGAACCCAGCUAUAAUACCGACGAGCUCGAGACACAAGGCAUUACUGUCAAGGACCUGGCUUUUGAGGACGGCACCUUCCCGCCUCAGCAAGUCGUUGACGAGUGGUUUGAGGUCUUAAAGGAUAAAUAUCAACAAAAUCCGGAGGCUUGCGUUGCCGUUCAUUGUGUGGCUGGUCUGGGACGAGCUCCUGUCCUUGUUGCCUUGGCACUGAUUGAAUUGGGCUUAAAAUAUGAGGCAGCAGUGGAAAUGAUUAGAGAUAAACGACGUGGAGCCAUUAAUGCCAAGCAGCUGUCCUUUUUGGAAAAAUACAAGCCAAAGGCGAGACUAAAGCACAAAAAUGGUCAUAAGAAUUCAUGUUCUGUGCAAUAGAUUUCCAACACCAUAUGUAUAUUCCCACCAGACAAAAAGUGUUCAUUUUUUCAAAAACAAAAAAAAAAAAUGCAAGCGGAUAGAAAAGCGCG